GGAUCUUGGUUGCGACUCAGUCACUAACUCAUUUGCGCAGCCACUCCGACUGCUACAGGAGCUCCCACUGAGCAGAAGGACGUCGUUGUAGGAAGGUCCACCUUGCUGUGUUUCUGGAGCGGAGCGCUACACGAUGCCUAACCUCACGGCCAAGAUUGCCGAGGCCCGCCUGGCGGUGGAGCAGCUGAAGCUGGAGGUCCACAUCGACCGCAUGCAGGUUUCCAAAGCAGCUGCGGAACUUCUAGCCUACUGUGAGGAGCACGCCAAGGAGGACCCACUGGUCACCCCUGCAGCCAACUCCACCAACCCCUUUCGAGACAAGGGUAUGUGUGCCAUCCUUUAAGGGUGAGCACAAUGCCCAGCUCCCUCUGCCCCCACAACCCCACCUGCCACGGUUGGCUUUGGGAAGAGUAAGGUUGGACAACUGAUGGAGGAUUAGUGCACACAAAUAAAAACUUGGACACAG